GUGGCGGGAACAAAACGAGAAAUACCACUACAAGGCGAUGGACCAUCAAGGUAUCAAUUUCAAGCAAAUUGACAGCAAAAAGCUGAGAUCGAAGGCACUCUUGAGUGAGAUUGAAACCCGUUACGACGCAAGGAAUGAAGAGGCGGAGAAAGCCGGUCGAGAGCCCGGAGUUGGCCCACACAUGCAACUGUCGUACUGCGAUGCAAACACGCUGGAUGACGCUGCUUCUCUUCUACUUCAUCACGCCAAGCGACAAACAGCUGCAGCACCGCAUAAAGAAGACCGACGCAAAAUGCGCCGAGUUGUUGAGCAUUUUCUUCCACAGCUGUUCUUUCGAGAGCAGCCAACAUCAGGAGGGUGGAGUUUAGAGGAUUCA